AUGGCGACGAACCACGUAUAUGUCUUCGCCAAAGCACAGCCAUCUCCAAUCAACUUCUUGGCUGAGAUCCGUAGUGCAGUGGAAAAGGGAGGCAAGACGAUUAGUCAGUUCCAGGUCAAGAUGUUUCAUCGAAACCAGGAGCGCUCGCUUGGAAAUGUGAUGAAGGCUACAAUACCCUACAUUAAGGUUGAUAUACCAAUUUGGGUGGUUUUCCGAGGACUUGGGGUCAUUUCUGACCGCGACAUACUGGAGCACAUUUGCUACGACAUGCAAGAUGCACAAAUGCUCGAGAUGCUCAAACCUUGCAUUGACGAUGGCUUUGUCAUUCAAGACCGAGAGGUUGCUUUAGAUUUUAUUGGCAACCGUGGUACAACAACUGGUCUUUCCAGAGAGCGUCGUAUCCGAUAUGCCCAGGAGAUCCUGCAGAAGGAGAUGUUACCCCAUGUUUCCAUGGCAGAAGGGUCUGAGUCGAAGAAGGCCUAUUUCUUUGGCUAUAUGAUCCAUCGGCUCUUACUUGCAGCAUUGGAACGGAGGGAGUUAGACGACCGUGAUCAUUUUGGGAAGAAACGUCUUGAUCUGGCUGGUCCUUUACUUGCCAACCUUUUCCGCAUGCUUUUCCGAAAGUUGACCAAGGACGUUUAUCGUUAUCUACAAAAGUGCGUCGAGACCCAUAAGGAGUUCAACCUUGCCCUUGCAGUUAAGCAUCAAACCAUCACAAACGGCCUCAAAUACUCUCUGGCGACAGGUAACUGGGGGGAUCAGAAAAAGUCAAUGUCUUCCAAGGCAGGAGUAUCUCAGGUCUUGAACAGAUACACAUAUGCAUCCACUCUGUCACAUCUUCGUCGGUGUAACACUCCUCUAGGGCGCGAAGGCAAGAUCGCCAAACCUCGUCAGUUGCACAACACCCAUUGGGGUAUGGUGUGCCCUGCGGAAACCCCUGAAGGUCAAGCCUGUGGUCUUGUCAAGAACCUCGCCCUUAUGGCGUGCAUAUCAGUCGGGUCUUACUCCGCGCCCGUUAUCGAGUUUUUGGAGGAAUGGGGAUUGGAGUCAUUGGAAGAGAACGCGCACUCAUCAACUCCCUGCACAAAAGUUUUCGUGAACGGUGUAUGGAUGGGUGUGCAUCGCGAUCCUGCCAACUUGGUGAAGACGAUAAAGAAAUUGAGAAGGAAAGACGACAUUAGCCCUGAAGUGUCAGUUGUGCGAGACAUCCGAGAGAAGGAAUUGAGGUUGUACACCGAUGCUGGACGUGUUUGUCGACCACUUUUCAUCGUCGAGAACCAACAGCUGGCACUUCAGAAGAAGCACGUCAAAUGGCUCAGUAACGGCCUCAACGAUGAUGGCGACGAAUACAAAUGGGAACAUCUGGUAAAGGGUGGCAUCAUUGAGUUACUGGAUGCUGAGGAAGAGGAAACGGUGAUGAUAUCCAUGACUCCUGAAGAUCUUGAAAAUUCUCGCCUACAGCAAAGUGGCGUUGAUCUUCACGCGAACGACGGCGAGUUUGAUCCAGCAGCCCGAUUAAAGGCUGGCACUCACGCACACACAUGGACACAUUGCGAAAUUCAUCCUAGCAUGAUUCUUGGCAUUUGUGCCAGCAUUAUUCCUUUCCCCGAUCAUAACCAGUCUCCUCGUAACACAUAUCAGUCAGCUAUGGGCAAACAAGCGAUGGGGAUCUAUCUAACGAACUUCUUGAUCCGCAUGGACACCAUGGCCAAUAUCCUUUAUUAUCCACAAAAGCCUCUCGCGACAACCCGAUCGAUGGAAUACCUCAAAUUCCGAGAACUGCCUGCAGGCCAGAAUGCUAUCGUAGCCAUUCUUUGCUACAGUGGCUAUAAUCAAGAAGAUUCCGUGAUUAUGAAUCAGAGCUCUAUCGAUCGUGGGUUAUUCCGCAGUAUCUACUAUCGAAGUUACAUGGAUCUCGAGAAAAAGAGCGGCGUGCAGCAACUUGAGGAAUUUGAGAAACCCACACGGGAAAAUACUUUGCGCAUGAAACAUGGCACCUACGACAAGAUCGAGGAUGACGGCCUCAUUGCUCCAGGUACCGGUGUGGCUGGUGAAGACAUCAUUAUUGGCAAAACCGCUCCGAUUCCCCCGGAUAGUGAGGAACUUGGGCAGCGCACACAAACACAUACUCGUCGAGAUGUCUCAACGCCACUCAAGAGUACUGAGAGUGGUAUCGUUGAUCAAGUGUUGAUCACGACCAACUCAGAAGGCCAGAAAUUCGUUAAGGUCCGUGUAAGAUCAACGCGUAUACCACAGAUUGGAGACAAGUUUGCGUCUCGUCACGGACAAAAGGGAACGAUUGGAAUUACUUAUCGUCAGGAAGAUAUGCCUUUCACGGCUGAAGGGAUUGUGCCUGACAUUAUCAUCAAUCCCCACGCUAUCCCAUCUCGAAUGACAAUUGGACAUUUAGUCGAAUGUCUUCUUUCGAAAGUUGCGACGCUCAUCGGAAACGAAGGUGAUGCAACGCCUUUCACAGACCUAACGGUGGAGUCUGUCUCCACCUUCCUACGACAGAAAGGGUAUCAAUCCCGUGGUCUCGAAGUGAUGUACCACGGUCACACUGGCCGUAAAUUGCAAGCUCAGGUGUACCUUGGACCUACUUAUUAUCAGCGUCUCAAGCAUAUGGUUGACGACAAGAUCCAUUCUCGAGCCAGGGGACCCGUCCAAAUUCUUACGAGGCAGCCUGUCGAAGGUCGAAGUCGUGACGGUGGCCUGCGUUUCGGAGAGAUGGAGCGUGAUUGUAUGAUUUCUCAUGGUAUCGCAGGUUUCCUGAAAGAGCGGCUCUUUGAGGCCAGUGAUGCUUAUCGCCUGCAUGUUUGUGACAUGUGA